AUGUCACAACAAAACUUAAGAAGCUAGCAAUCUUUUGAUACUAAUAGCAAUCUUUCCCAUGUUAAAAAAUUGUUGGAUCCUAAUUCAUACAGAAAUUAUUUAAAUCAAUAAAAUUCGGUGAGAUAGUUUUAAAAAACUUCUCAUUCUGUCUUUCAUAAACCUGGAGGGUUCGAAGAUAUCAAUUUUAAUGUCUCUCCACUAGAUAUGCCUAGAUAACCAGUUUAUGGUGAUUUGAAUUUUAUUUCAAGAAAUUUUGGAAAUUUGUGUGAUAGGCAAUUCCGCGAACAAACAAAAUCAUCUUAAAAGCAAAAGUUUGGUAAUAGAGAUAAAGAACAAGCUCUAAAAAAUCUAUCUUCUCAAUAAGAAAGUUUAAAAAAGAUAAAAUAAAAUGCUAAAUCAACAAGUAAUGCAAAUGAUUAUAAGCAAAGGCCAUUAAAAGAUCCUGCCCUUAAUGAUAAAAGAACUUUUAUCAAAAAGGUCUUAGACUAUAAUGGAAUGAAAAUAGUAGUUAUGUUUAAGUCAUUUGAAAUUGAAGCAGUUAAGAAAGGCUUUAAUGAUAUUGCAUAAAGGAAAAAAAAAAUUUCAACUAUGAUAUUGUUUGAGGAUUUAUAGUAUUUGAUUGAAAAUUUCCAUCCAGAUGAAAUAAACGAUUUGUUUAAAAAAUGUAUUUAUGUAUAAAACAAUUAAAUAGUUAUUGAUUACACUAAAUUUGCUUCUCUUCCUUCAAAAAAACCUACAGGAAGUAUUCUUGAUAAGGCUUCUAGUUUUCCUCAAUAAUAGGAUUAUAUUUAAGAAGAUGCAUCUUAAAACGAAAACAAUGAAGGUGGAUACAGUGGAAAAUAUACAUUAAAAGUUCAAUACCCUUUUAUAGAAAUGUAUGUUUCAGAAUUGGCUCAUAAACAAAUAUAUUAAACUAAAAAAAGAGAUAUGCUAGAUUUAUUUAAGACUGACUAUGAGAGCCUUAAAGAAUAUCUACGCCAUUUUGAUUCUACUAAAGCAAAACAAGUAGAGCUCUAAAUAAAAUCAAACUCAAGAAGUUUUCAUUCAGAAGAUCAAACUAUUCAAAAAGGAGAAAUCAGGAAAUAAGAAAGCUAGAAAAUUGAAAAAGAUUAGAAGCAUUAAGAUUAAAAGAAAUAAAUUAUAUAAAAUCUUCAUAUUCAGCUUGAAAGCAACGAGAAUAAAUAAGAUCAGCAAAUGAAAUAGUUUUAAGAAACUUUGAAUGAAAGACUAAAAACUAUUAGUGAAUAAUAGUAAAGAACUUAAGAAGACGAAGAGGAUGUUGAGGAAUCUAGGCAAAUAAUUCAAUAAAUCAACAAUAAGAAUGGGUUUAAUGAUACCCCUAAAGAUAAUUAAUAACAUGAAAAUUAAUUUAAUGGUAAUUAUGAAGAUAAGCAAAAGUUUUAAGAGGAAAAGAUUGAUUAAACUUAGCAAAAUUAUUAUUUAAAUGAAUAAUAAAAUUAAAACAAUAAAAAAGAUUAAAUUAAUAGAUUUGAAGAUAUUACAGAAGAAUUAGAAAACUCCUAAUAGACUCUUAGCAAACAUUUAGAUGAUAGGCAUUAAAAUCAAGAAUUAUAAUAAAAUGGAACAAUAGAUGAACAUUAAGAAUCUUUAUAAUAUUCAGAAAAUUAGUAAUAAUAUGAAGAAAGUUAGUAAAAUUAUGAAAAAAAUCAAUAAUAUUAAGAAGAAUACUAAGAAGACGAAGAAUUUUAGAAUUAAGGAAAUGAAGAUUCAUAAUUUAAUUAAAAUGAAGGACAAUAAUUUUAGGAAGAAGAGAAUAGCUAGUAAUAUUAAGGAUAAGAGGAAGAGGAGCAAUAUUUAAGAUAAGCUGAAUAAGAUGAAUAUUAGUUACAGGAAGGAGUAGAAUAUGAAAAUCAGGAAGAAUAGUAAUAUUUAGAUUAAGAAUAUGAAAGACAGUUCUAAGAAUAAGAAGAAGGGUAAGAGUAAUCUUAAUUAGAAUAAUACGAUCAAUCGUAGUAAGAACAACAAUAAAUGGAUUUUCCUUAGUUCUCAAUUGAAGAUACUGAAAGAGAGUUCGAUCCAUAAAUUCUCUAAGAAAAUAUUAUUGCCUAAAGCAUUGUAUGGAAUGAUGUUGGAUAUGUGAUUGGAUUUAAAUCUCUAGAAAUCUCAAUUGAAUCUAAUAGCUUUGAAGGAAAAAUAGUUAAAAAUUUGUCUUUCCUUGAGCUUUACAUCUUACUUAUAGAAACAAAAGAAUCAAUAGUGGAGGAAUAUAUUUAAGAAAAAAUCUAAAUAUCAGAGAAUUUAGAAAUAAUUUUAGAUCUUCCUUAACUUGAUUUUGAUUUCUAAGAAUGCUUUGCCUUGGAAGAAGGACACUUUUAUAAAUUUUUAGAUGAAUUAAAUGCUUUUGAAAUAAAUAUGGAAGACUAAGCUUACUUAAUUUAAUUCAACAAACCAUCUGUUGAAAUUUAAGAUGAGCAAGGUGCUGAAUCAAGAUAAAUAGAAAUAGAUGGAUAAACACUUUAAAAUAUUGUUUAAAGAGGCUUUCACUUUGAUUUUGUUGUACCUUAAUGA